CACACUAAAUAUUAUUCUAUUCAAUAUAAUCUUCUCUUUCUGACCCUACUCUACUCGGUGCUGAGAUAAGAGAAAGAAAAACCCAUAUCCACACACAACAACAACAACAACAACAACAUAAGUGAAAUCAAAAAUCAAAAUUGUGUGUAGUGUGAUGGAUAAUAAAAGCUGUGAACAAUCCUCUGCUUCAGCUUCAGAUUCUAAUACUUCUGAUAGAGAUCAAUAUUUGAGACACCUUAACAAGCUUUCACACAAGAUCUCAAAACCAAUUAUCAACAACAAAAAACAACCCACUUUUGAACCUAUUCAACCACAAACUCAAACUCAAACACAAAACCUUAAUAAUCCACUGCAACACCAACCACCAGUGUACAACAUAAACAAAAACGAUUUUCGUGACGUUGUUCAAAAACUAACAGGUUCGCCUGCACAUGACCGUAUCAUAACACCACCACCUAUUCAACAACCUAAACCUCAAAGUUCACGUCUUCAACGUAUCCGUCCACCACCGUUACCUCAUAUCACUAACCGUCCACCUCCGUUACUUAACCACCGUCCCAAUCUUCUUCAACCGCAAAACUUCAACUUUAACUUUAACGCUGUUAACUUUAAUCAUAAUAGCAACAACUUUCCUGGUUUAGGUAGACCUCAAGCUCCGUUAUCUCCGUUACCACCGUUUCCCACCGUUCACGCCGCCGCUGAAUCUCCGAUUUCAGCUUACAUGCGCGAUCUGCAGAAUUUCUGCUCCACCAUCGAUUCCAAAGGCUUCUCUGGUUUUUCUCCUUUGCCUCUUCCUACUGUUUUACCACCUCAACCAGAACAGCAACAACAGCAAGAAAAUCAACCGCCACCGCAGCAGGAAGUUGUGCCGCCGCCACCACCACCGGCGACGGUGGCUCACUCGACUUCUUCAUUUCAGAUGCCGUCUUCUCCAGGUCCAUUUGGGUGUUUGAAUUCACAGCUAGCAUCUUAUCCUUUGUUGUCACCAGGUUUAUUGUUUUCCCCCAAUUCAGGGAAUUUAGGGUUUCCUCAACUUCCUCUUUCUCCAACUGUGCCUGCACCAAGUCCAAGAUGGAGAGAAAUUUGACUUGAAAUGUGGUAAGAAUCGAAUGAAUCGUGGUUUUUUGGCUCUGAUUUUGGGAUGUAAAUGGUAGUGGUGUGGUGAAAUGUGAAUUUAUUCAAUUUGUGGUGGUUGGACUCAAAAACUAGCUUAGUCCAUUUCACUGCUUAGUAGUACUAGUUUAUUUUAUUUUAUUUUAUUUUAUUUAUUGUGUAAAUGGGGUAUCAAAGACAGAAGAAAGGAACAAUUUUGCAAUUGUUUUUUUACUCUUUUUGGAUAUUUUGGGGGGAUCACAAAAAACAGAAAUUAGAAGUUAUUAUUAUACAGAUAUAGUUGGAUUAUCAUGCUGUUUUCAGUUUACAAAAACUAUAUUGUUAUUGACAGUUUAUUUUAUUAA